AUGACACCUCGCAUAGGCUAUUAUGUGGGGAGACAAAAUUUUAUAAAUAUUCCAACCGAGAAAGUAGCUAUAGGGAGACAUAAUUUAAUAAAUAUCCCAAUUAAGAAAACUGUUGCCGUCGAUUGUACGAAUAUCUCACCGAACUUACUGAAGACCCCAGCGACAAAACACCAAAGGAAGAAAUCUAAGCUCAAAAUUAUCCAUCUGAAUGCCCGAUCCCGCAAAAAUCGUAACUACUUGCUACAUAUCAAACAAUUAUGCCAGGAAGAUAAACCGGACAUUUUAGCACUUUCUGAAACAUGGUUAAAUCCGCAAAUCACAAAUGCUGAGGUUAAAAUCGAAGGCUACGACUUGUAUCGACCUGAUCGCCCACACAAAGUCGGCGGAGGCGUUUGUGUCUACACCCGCCCAGACAUAAAAUGCCAUCAAAUUAAAAACAUCUCCAGCAUUUCAGACGACGGCCUCCAUCAACUUUGGUUACGACUACAAUAUAAAAAAGCUAAAGUCAUUUGUGAUAUGCGCAAUAUAUAG